CCAAAAAAAACCUCCCAUUUCUCUCUCCCUCUCUCUUCCUUCUUUUACCUUUAUCCCUCGCUUCUCGCCGUGUCUUCUCCACAAUCAUGGAUCUCUCGGCGAGAUGUCUGUCCCUUCUCCUCCUUCUCCUCUCGUGUCCUCUCGGCGUCAUAUUGACGAUAGAUUUGGAGGAGUCAAUUGAUCCGGGUUACUAUGUGGAGCCCACUGCCACAUCAGAGGCCAUCGACUACAAGGAUCCCUGUAAAGCUGCUGCCUUUCUGGGAGACAUUGCUCUGGAUGAGGAGGAUCUGCGGUCAUUCAAAGUGGACAGAAUAGUAGAUUUGGCCCAGAGAACCGUCUACACUUUUAAUCGCACAAGUGCAGGAUCAGCCAAUCGGAGAGGCUCAAACAGACAAGAGACAAGUCGUAAGAAAAGAGCUGCUACCUCCAGACCCGAGCGUGUUUGGCCUGAAGGUGUUAUUCCCUAUGUCAUCAGUGGUAACUUCAGUGGCAGCCAGCGGGCGAUAUUCCGCCAGGCCAUGCGUCACUGGGAGAAACACACCUGUGUGACCUUUAUAGCGAGGACGCAGGAGGAGAGCUAUAUUGUCUUCACCUACAGACCAUGUGGGUGCUGUUCUUACGUGGGUCGCCGCGGAGGGGGCCCCCAGGCCAUAUCCAUUGGGAAAAACUGUGACAAGUUUGGCAUUGUGGUGCAUGAGCUGGGUCACGUGAUUGGUUUCUGGCAUGAGCACACACGGCCGGACCGAGACGAACACGUCAGCAUCAUCAGGGACAACAUUCAGCCAGGACAGGAAUAUAACUUUUUGAAGAUGGAACCUGGGGAGGUGGAUUCUCUGGGAGAGGUCUAUGACUUUGACAGUAUCAUGCACUAUGCCAGGAAUACAUUCUCCAGAGGCAUCUUCCUGGACACCAUCCUCCCUCGCUAUGAUGUAAACGGGGUACGACCACCCAUUGGCCAGAGAACCAGACUGAGCAAAGGGGACAUCACUCAGGCACGCAAACUCUACAAAUGCUCCAGAUGUGGGGACAGUCUGCAGGACAGCAGCGGGAACUUCUCUUCCCCUGGUUUCCCUAAUGGAUACUCAGCCUACAUGCACUGCAUCUGGAGAAUAUCAGUCACACCUGGGGAAAAGAUCAUUCUGAACUUCACCUCCAUGGAUCUGUACAGGAGUCACCUGUGCUGGUAUGACCACGUGGAGAUCCGUGAUGGGUACUGGAGAAAAGCACUGCUCAAAGGUCGUUUCUGUGGGGAUAAGUUGCCCGAGCCCAUCAUCUCCACAGACAGUCGCCUGUGGAUUGAGUUCCGCAGCAGCAGUAAUUGGGUGGGAAAAGGUUUCUCCGCCGUUUAUGAAGCCAUCUGUGGUGGGGAGGUGAAGAAGGACAAUGGCCAGAUCCAAUCUCCUAACUAUCCUGAUGACUACAAACCCAACAAAGUGUGUAUGUGGAAGAUUUCUGUAGCUCAGGGCUUCCACGUAGGCCUCACCUUCCAGUCAUUUGAGAUUGAGAGACAUGACAGUUGUGCCUAUGACUACCUGGAAGUGCGUGAUGGCAACUUUGAAAACAGCCCGCUCCUUGGCCGCUUCUGUGGCUACGACAAACCAGAUGAUAUCAAAACCAGCUCCAACCACCUUGCUGCCAACUUCUUCAAAGAGAUGGAUGAGUGCUCCAACCCGGACAACGGUCGCUGUGAGCAACGCUGUGUCAACACACUAGGCAGCUACAAGUGUGCCUGUGACCCGGGCUAUGAGCUGGCUGCUGACAAGCGCAGCUGUGAGGCUGCUUGUGGAGGAUUCAUCACCAAGCUGAAUGGCUCAAUCACAAGUCCAGGUUGGCCAAGAGAGUAUCCUCCAAACAAGAACUGCAUCUGGCAGCUGGUUGCCCCUACACAGUAUCGCAUCACUCUGCUCUUUGACGUCUUUGAGACUGAGGGCAAUGACGUUUGUAAGUAUGACUACGUGGAGGUUCGGAGUGGACUUUCAGCUGACUCCAGGCUACACGGAAAGUUCUGUGGAGCAGAGAAGCCAGAGGCUAUUACAUCUCAGUACAACAACAUGCGCAUUGAGUUCAAGUCUGACAACACAGUGUCCAAAAAGGGUUUCAAGGCACAGUUCUUUUCAGAUAAGGACGAGUGCUCCAAGGAGAACGGCGGCUGUCAACAUGAGUGUGUCAACACCUUUGGGAGCUACAGCUGUCAGUGCAGGAGUGGCUUUGUGCUACAUGAGAAUAAACAUGACUGCAAAGAAGCUGGCUGCGAUCACACUGUGAACGGCGUGAGUGGCAUCAUCACCAGCCCUAAUUGGCCUGAAAAAUACCCCAGUAAGAAGGCAUGCACCUGGGCACUAACCACCACUCCAGGACACCGUAUUAAAAUCGCCUUCAAUGAAAUUGACUUGGAACCCCACGUGGAGUGUACUUACGAUCACAUUGAGAUUUACGAUGGUCGUGAUGAUAAAGCAUCAAGUCUGGGCCGCUUCUGUGGCACAAAGAAACCCCAGCCCAUAACAUCCAGCAGCAACAAGCUGUUUAUUUGCUUCUUCUCUGAUAAUUCUGUACAGAAGAAAGGCUUUGAGGCGUCGCACACUGCAGAGUGUGGAGGUCACCUGAAAGCCGAAGUCAAAACCAAGGACCUGUUCUCCCAUGCCCAGUUUGGAGACAACAACUAUCCUGGAGCCUCAGACUGUGAGUGGGUGAUCUCUGCUGAGAAGGGCUACGGCGUGGAGCUCAUCUUCCAGACCUUUGAGAUAGAAGAAGAGGCCGACUGGGGCGACUAUGACUACAUGGAGCUCUUCGAUGGAGACGACACCAAAUCUCCAAGGCUGGGGCGUUAUUGUGGCUCAGGGCCUCCAGAGGAGAUCUACUCGGCCGGAGACUCCAUUGUGAUCAAGUUCCGCUCCGACGACACCAUCAACAAAAAGGGAUUCCACGUCCGCUACACCAGCACCAAGUUCCAGGACACACUGCACUCACGCAAGUGACCAGCGGGGGCUGGAAUGGGCCGUGCAGGGCAGAGGGGCAAACGGAGGGGCCCCCAGGGGAGGCGCCAGCCUGAUGCUCGGAAACGUUCUGCCACCAAGUUGAAUCAGACACGACAGAACAGCUGCAAGACCACCAACCGCACCUCAGCUCCUAGGGGCUCUAGCUCCCCCCACAGACUGUGAGGAGUAAAGCCAUUCUGCAAUACACCUAGUUUCUACCUUUUUAUGGUUAGGAUUGGGGUGGGGAGGGCGAAUGUUUACUUCAGGUGGACGGUAGGGGAGAAGUUUAUUGACCCAGUCCCCUCCAUAUUAUUUUAUUUUUCUUUUGUUUUUUUUUAAAUAAAACAUGCCUCUGAUUAUGAGGCACAAAAAGGAAAACAGUGGAUUCUCAGGACCUGCAGAGGAAGGCAGGCAUCAACUGGACAGAUCCCUGCUUUUGUCAGGCCAGUCCACCAGAUCCAGGAGGGGUUCAAGGACUCCUGUCCAUAUGAGGAUUCAGAAGGACUUGACUUCAGAUUUUUAAUACUGUAUGUCAGUCAAUUGCAUGUAGUUACAAAGGAGCACAGGAGAAAUUGUACAGUGACGACACCAGCAUUUGUAAAUGGCAAUGUAACUGGCAAUAUAAAGGUAUAAAGGUCUUAUUAAAGGUCUGAUAAAUGAAAUGUGGUCCAUGUCUUCUGGUUGGUAAUUGCUCGCCUGCCGACUGGCUUUUACUGUACCUCCAUGUAUAAAGUAAUGUGUAUAAUCUUUUCAAAAAGAGAACGUGUGCUUUUCUCAGCUCGAACCAGUUAGCACUUUACAAUGAAUUUGUUCCAAAGUACUGAGCUUAAUGAUUUUUUUUUUUGUGAAAUGCAUUGCCAGUUUACAUAUUUUUAAAAUGCAUUUUAUCUUUUUUUCUCUCUCUCACUCUCUAUCUCUCUCUUAUUCCUUUUUUAAUUGCUCCAUUUAGUUCCUCAGGCAUACUUGAACAUUGUGUGUGCCCUGUAACAUGGGGUAAUAAAUACAUGACUUAAUGUUUCAGUGUUGAUUUACAUUUCUGAUGUAAACUAAUUUCUCUUCAGAGGAAAAAAAACAAUGCCUUUUCAAUGAAGUAUUUCUCAAGAACAAAUGAGCCUGAGUAUUUAUUGUUGUUUAUUGUUAUAGCAAUGACAUGUAUAAUGUAUAGGUGGAACGGUACUGUUGAAAUUAGCCCUAUAAUUACCUUCUAAUGUAUAGCCAUUGGUUUAUGUUGAAUAUACUAUGUUGCUCACUCAUCCUUUUUCUCCAUUUAUUUCUUACAUGACUCCUUGAGUACAUUGUGGGCUUUGUGACAUUGCAGCAGGUUUAACCCUUGUAAAGUCCCCGGGUCACCUAGACCCUUCCUAUUUUUGUACACACCGUUUGUUGAAUA